GACGACGAAGAGUAAACAGAGCAGCUGUCAAACGAUUCAGAGAUGAAACGCUUGCUGCUAUCGUAAAGGGAACAUAAUACAAGCUGUUUGGCCCUGAAUACAUAACAAGACCCGGUUAUAUGAGAGCAGCCGGUGCAGCCUUGCGAACAGUAACUCUCAGGUGUUGGUCUUGGUGAUCACCAGCAGGACAGGAGUGAUUCUGCCCUGCGAUGUUAACAGACAUGGACUAUGAGCUGGAGGAAGACAAGUUGGGAAUACCAACAGUACCUGGCACCGUCUCUCUGAAGAAAGAUGCUCAGAACCUGAUAGGGAUCAGCAUCGGUGGAGGGGCGCAGUACUGCCCCUGUCUCUACAUCGUGCAGGUCUUUGACAACACCCCAGCGGCUCUGGAUGGGACACUGGCAGCUGGUGAUGAAAUCACAGGGGUGAAUGGCAAACCUGUGAAGGGAAAGACCAAGGUGGAGGUGGCCAAGAUGAUUCAAGCUGUCCAGGGAGAAGCAACAAUCCACUAUAACAAACUGCAGGCAGACCCCAAACAGGGGAAGUCUCUGGAUAUAGUGCUGAAGAAAGUAAAACAUCGGCUGGUGGAGAACAUGAGCUCAGGCACAGCUGAUGCUCUUGGCCUCAGCAGAGCUAUUCUAUGCAAUGAUGGAUUGGUCAAGAGACUGGAGGAGCUGGAGAAAACAGCAGAGCUCUACAAAGGACUGAUGGAGCAUACAAAGAGACUGCUUAGAGCCUUCUUUGAGCUCUCGCAAACUCACAGAGCGUUCGGUGAUGUUUUCUCUGUCAUUGGGGUACGAGAGCCCCAGGCUGCAGCCAGCGAGGCCUUUGUGAAGUUUGCUGAUGCUCAUCGCAACAUUGAAAAAUACGGCAUCCAGCUACUAAAGACCAUCAAGCCUAUGCUUCAUGAUCUGAACACGUAUCUUCACAAGGCCAUACCAGACACCAAACUCACCAUCCGCAAGUAUCUGGACGUCAAGUUUGAAUAUCUAUCAUACUGCCUGAAGGUGAAGGAAAUGGAUGAUGAAGAAUACAGCAGUAUCGCCAUGGGAGAGCCCUUAUAUCGCGUCAGUACCGGUAACUAUGAGUACCGCCUGGUGCUGCGGUGUCGGCAGGAGGCUCGUGCCCGCUUCGCCAAGAUGAGGAAGGACGUACUGGAGAAGAUAGAGCUGCUGGAUCAGAAACACGUCCAGGACAUUGUGUUCCAGCUGCAGCGCUUCGUGUCAGGCAUGUCGCGUUACUACGAUGAGUGUUACGCCGUCCUGAAGGAGGCAGAUGUCUUCCCCAUCGAAGUGGACCUUUCCCGCACCAUGAUCAACUACAGCAGCCAGUCACACUCCUACACGGAGGAGGAGGAGGAGGAGGAGGAGGAAGGCGGGGGAGAAGAGGGAGGAGGAGGUGGUGCGGGAAGACGAGCAGAGAACGGCGCUGAGAAGCUGAUUGACGAUGAAUGAGAGUUUGUGAUGUGGAGUGGUUUUCCUGUGGAGCUUAAAAGAAUACUUCACCCAGAACUGAAAAUUUUAAAACACUGACGAUUUUAUGUCGGUAUGACACCCCAGUUAGCUAGCCCUCUCUAAAUGAACUGGAAAGAAUUGAGACUGUUUUUUUAGAGAUUCAAAAAAGCUAAAUAAAAAGACCAUGAAAUGACUCAGCAUAGUCCCUGUAUUCUGAAGCCAAAUGAUUAAACCGUGGAUCCCAAAGUCUAGUUUUACCAUUUAAUGUUACUUUUCUACACUAACAGAACUCUGGCUGCCUUUCAGCAAUUUGGUGGAACAAUAUUUACCACUCGACUGGGUCAUUCAAGUACAUUGUAAUUACAUUAUGUCCAACAGCAUUUGAAGGCAACAUCAGUUUGCCACUGUAGUUUUGUGUUGCCGAAAAAGUGUGGAAAAACUCGGAGGUACUGAAGUAGACAGUGAUAUUUUGCAGUCGUUUGGCUUUGGAAAAUUUGGAUUUUGCUGUUUAGAGUAAAUUUCUUUUUUUGUAUUUUUUGGAAUUUUAAAGAAACAGCCUCCAUUUAUUCUGGGUUGGUUUCUUUUUUAAUGCUGGGAAGGCUGCUACCGUCACAGAGAUUUUGCAGGUGUAACGAAAAGACACCUGUCAAGGAGUGGAUAGGUUAAAAAAAAAUGGAGCCAACAUUGAAGAAGGACAGGAGUCAAAGGAAUGGGGCCAAAACGUCCCAAGGAAGCUCCUUGUUUCCUCAUUGGUGGAUGUGAAGCAGAAAGGCUCCUGAUUGGCUGGUUUCUGCAGAGAGGAAAGGUGGACGUUUCUGUAACAUUUGAGAGAGAAUGAGCUUACGUCGUGGUGGGAAAGACGUCCUUUACUGUCGCUCAUUUAUUUGUAAAACCACUGUGCCGUGUCAGACUCUUUGGGAACAUUUUAAAUCUCAAAUUUUCAUUUUGGGUGAAGUAUUCACAUAAGACUUCCCAUCAAAUGUAUUCUUCAGUAGCAGUUGCUCUUAAUUCACUCACUUAGAAAUGAUCUUCAGAGGAAACUACUGCAAAGUGCUGCUAUAUCGCUGUGUAUUGGUCUCAGAAAAGUUUUUCCAUCAUCAAUAAUCUACUGUACAGAGUAGCAUGUAAUCUCAACAAUACGGUUAUCUUUUCCAGAAUAAUUCUCAGUCACCUCAGAAAAUAUGGUCCCUGCUUUUGAAGUGAAAUAGUGAGUUAUUUCCAGGUCCUGCUCUCCUGCAGGCAGCUGGACAUGACAUAAGGUCAUUACUAAGUGUGUGUAUGAGUGACAGAGUUACAGAAGGCGACUGCAUUUUAAUUGGACAGCCGUGGAGAGGUGUCAAGACCUCAGACUAGGAUUAUAUGCAGAUGGCACGUGUCAUCUUGAUUAAUUAAAUCUGAUGGUGUCCACACUGUGUUCCAGUGUGAAAGCAUUGUGCAUUGUUUGAAGGUGUACCUUGACAUUUUAAUUUUUAACUUAUUUUCUUGGCCAGGGCCUUGUCACAUUGUGGUGGAGAAGCUACAAUACAUUUGUCCUUUUGGUUAAGUGCCAAUACACCAACUUGUUCUCCACAUUGUGACAGAAUAACUGGCAAAUUAAAAUAAUAUAUAAAUAUUCAAAAUGCCAGGGUAUUUUUAAAGAUAAAUAUAUAUCAGUGACUGGAGCCAAUGUGAUUUGAAGGUAGAUGGAGUGUUUGUUACUUGCUGCUGUUGCACUCCAGUUUUUCUUGUGUCUGAACACUGGCCGGCGUGUCAUCCUGCUGAAGGAUGUGUGUCCACUCUGCUUCUGUUUGGGAUCCAGUGACGCCUUUUAAAUGUUUCCAUGGGGAAGAGAGCAUUUGCUGCCACAUGUCCACUUCCAGUGAGCAUGGCAGCAAACAUUUUUCUUCAGAGUACUUUACCUUUUUGUAUGACUACACUGGAUUCUUCAAGUUGAAAAUGCUCCCCUCUCCCCCUUUGCCUAUUAAUAUGAUCGAAUCUGCAGUGCCUUUUUCCCCAAACCGCACCCAUGUGCUUCAUCAUAGCACCACCUAGCAUCGUGGCAGUGAUUUUUUUUUUUUCAGCCAGUGACAGAAGCCUAGUGGACACAGACCCAAACAGAGCUUGAACACUAAUUAUAGAUGUGUUUACAAAGGGAGAGAGAUUUUAACUAGCAUAGGACUUCUGUUGACAUUCCCACUGCAUUGUUUUUCUUUUUGUGUAUAUUUAAAACUUAAUCAAUAUGUAAAAUGUAAGUAUGAUUCAGUGUUACAUCUGCACAGUGUGUUAUGCUGUACAUUGCGUGUGCUUUGUUUUGUCUUAUGUUGUCUUUGUCCUUUUCUUUGGUCUGCGGGGGAGUCAGUUUAAUUUGUCUGUUUGUUAUGGGCUUGCACAUUUUCAUAUCCAUGAGUUGUAUUGAAGUUUAGUGUGUGACAGCGGAGGCCACCGCUUGGGGGCAGCAUCACAUCACGUCAGCCCUGCUAAAGCUGUUAACACUGCAGUGCACUCAUAUUGUGAAGUAACGGGAUGGGUUGUUUUCGUUGAUUUUUUCCAUUUGUUUUCUCAAAAAUACACUGGAAUGUAUUCAAUAAAAGGGAGCUAUAUUGUGUGCUCUAUCACGUUCACACAUUUUGUCUGUUUUUAUAAUGACCACCUUUACAUGACCUAGGCAGAUAGGGGUUUUCAUUUUCUAUACCAUAAACUUAAUUUCUUAAAAAGAUGGUUUUUUAUAUGAAGUAUAAAACGGACGGCUUAAGCAAUGGGCCAGAUUUGAAAGCCUGUCUUAUUUCAUGAAAAGAAAUAUAAAACAUUCACAUUUCUUUUCUAAUGAUCUUCAUUAGUGAUGUGGGAUGUAACGUUAAAAUAUUUCAUGGUGUUUGUCUUUAUAUUGUGCGAGUGUGCUAGUCGGAAAAUACCCUGGUUUGCUCGUGGGAGGGAAACAUUUUUUAUAUGAUUGAUGAAUUGAAAUAAAGCCUGGCAGCAUGGCAGUGUGUUUGACAGAC